UUUCUGCCCAAAUAGAGUCCUUUUUGUGACCUAUUUCUGCGUAAAUUUUUAGUCACAAAAUCUUCAAUUUUUUGACUGAUUUCAGGUCGAUUCUUAGGGCUUCCAGUCGUGAGAUGUUGGUGUUCAAGCUUAGUAGAGUUUUGAAUCUACUCAUCCCUUUUUCAAUGAUUUCCAGCAUCAAUUUGGAUUUUUCUGCAUCAUUCUAUCAGAAGACUGAAGCAAGGCAAUCUCACUCUCCUUCUGCCAUUGUCAUUGGUGGUGGAUUUGCAGGGAUUGCAGCUGCUCAUGCACUGAAAAAUGCGGCUUUUCAGGUUGUGCUUUUAGAAUCUCGGGAUAGAAUUGGUGGUCGAGUUCACACUAACUACUCAUUUGGUUUUCCUGUUGACAUGGGAGCAGCCUGGUUGCAUGGUGUCUACAACGAGAAUCCAUUGGCAUCUUGGAUUGGAAGACUUGGUCUACCAAUUUAUCGAACUUCUGGUGACAAUUCUGUCUUGUAUGAUCAUGACUUGGAGAGGCUAACAAACUCAGGAGCUACUUAUCAACAGAUCAUGGACAAGAUCUUCCAGAAGCAAAUCGGGCGGAACAUGGAAGUUUAUGUAGACAACAUCCUCAUCAAGUCUACUGUAGCAACAAACCUUAUCACUGAUGUGGAGGAAACCUGUGGCACGCUGCGGUAA